CCCCCGCUCUGAUAAAGGGCCUUAAUGUCUGCAGGACAUACUUAAUAUUUGCCCACUCAUGUUCCUCUUCUAACAACGAGUGAGGGUUGGCACAUAGAUGCACAGAGACUGGCUUACUGCUCCACUCAGGAGCCCUCUAUGACAAAAAACAGAUUUAGGAAGGAAGAGUCGCAGGUUACUUACUGUUACAUGUUGAGCCCUUUAUGUGUUGUUGCAUUUAGCUUUAGAGACAGCUUCUGUUUGAGUACUAUUUGUCAGUCCUUUCAGACAUUCUCACCUUGUGGUUGAUUAGUUUCUUCUCACCUGCUUAGAAUCUGCUUUUGGACUCUGUACAAUCAUGUGGGAGUUUAGGUCCAUGUCUUUCUGGCGAGCGGUCUUCGCCGAGUUCUAUGGCACCAUGUUCUUUGUAUUCUUUGGGUUGGGUGCGGCCCUCCGCUGGACCACAGGGCCCCACAAUGUUCUUCAUGUUGCCUUUGCUUUUGGGCUGGCGGCUGCCACCUUCAUCCAGUCUAUCGGUCACAUCAGUGGAGGACACAUCAACCCUGCUGUCACUUUCGCCUACCUGAUCGGAUCCCAGAUGUCCCUGUUCAGGGCUUUCUUCUACAUCGUGGCCCAGUGUCUUGGGGCGCUGGCUGGAGCUGCUGUGCUAUAUGGAGUCACGCCCAACAAUAUGAGAGGAAACCUGGCACUAAAUACGCUGCAGCCAGGUAUCAGCCUGGGCAUGGCCACCACGAUCGAGAUCUUUCUCACCUUGCAGCUUGUUAUCUGCGUCUUUGCUGUAACAGAUGAGAGGCGCAACGGACGCCUGGGCUCUGCUGCUCUGGCUAUCGGCUUCUCUGUGCUAAUUGGACAUCUUCUUGGGAUGUACUACACAGGAGCAGGAAUGAACCCAGCAAGAUCCUUCGCCCCUGCUGUACUUGUCAGGAACUUUAUUAACCACUGGGUGUACUGGGUAGGACCCAUGAUCGGAGGUGCAAUAGGAGCUCUGCUUUAUGACUUCUUGCUGUUUCCGCGCAUGCGUGGGCUCUCUGAGAGGCUCGCCACACUGAAGGGCACCCGGCCCCCAGAGGCAGAGGCCCAGCAGGAGACCAGGGGAGAAUCCAUUGAGCUCAAGACACAGGCCCUAUAAAUCUGGAGAUAUUUAUUUGACCCCCAAACCCCUCCAUACACACCUUCCACCUUUCAUGUCACCCUCUGAACCCUCGGUUACUUCUCCAUCCACAGCCCUGUCACUUUUUUUGCACACAGACCUCCUCCCUCUUUAUCAACACUCAAAGAGUGAUACAAAGCCCCGUUUUGUAAUUCAUGUUUUGCUCCUUGUGGGACCUACUGAGAAGGGACAAACAGCCCUAAAUAUCUUACACGAUCUCACUUCCACCCAACGUUUCAUGCCCUCUUCUGGAAGGGGAGGAGGGGCGGGGGCGGGAGUGGUUGAGGACUUGCCACCAUAUGAUGCGACCAGCCGCCUGUAGCAUGGUUAAUUGGUUACUUCUGGCUGACCACACAGUUAUAACUGCCAUGACAGUACUUCUGUUUUUGUUUAUUUCUCACACCUUUUAUUUUGCUAGGAGUGAAGCUACAGUAGAACAAUGGACCUCUGCCUGCAUUUUCAUUUUGAUCCAGCGUGACCUCGCUCCUUGUUUUGUUUAUGACCUUUGGCUGAAAAUAUGUAUUGAUAAAGUUCUGACCUUAUUUCCUUUCUUUUAGCUGUAUGUGCAUGUGUACACAUGGGUGUGAUAGAGUGAAGGUGAGAAAGACAAACUGAGUGUGCCUGCAUGUCUGUGUGCAUGUGUAUGCUUGUUUUAACUAUUUUUUUUCUGAAUUUAAUUGCCAGAAUUGUUUGUAUUGUAAGUUUUGAUGCUGCAUUGAUUGAAAAAUGUCUUUUUCUUGCCUUUAUUGAAAAAGUGCGAAUGAUUACGAAAGGCCUAGUCAAUUCAUGUUUGAUCUAAUUAGAUUGUUCCUUUAGAUGGAUUGAUUAGGAUUUAAUUCUGACACAUAGCCCCUUUCAAACACUUAAAAAUCUGCAUUUUAUGCAGUAUUUUAAAAUAAUAAUUCAUAGGUUAAAUAAAAUGUUUUUCUUUUUCGAUAGUUGCCC